UACUCAGAUUACUGAUUACUUUAGUAAAUUACAAAAAAUAUAGGAUUUUUCUGAGUCGGCGACUUAUAUCUACACUAUAUCGCACGCCGCACGGUCUUAAGACUAAUAUUGGUUGCACUCUAUAAGUUUUAUACUUAUCUAAUAGUUAAUAAUAAUUUGUGGGUAGCGCCUAAGCAGCUACGAUAAAGAAAUCCUAAAAUGAAAUCCAAACUUGCAAAUGGCUUAAAAUUAUUAUACAUACCAAAAAAAACAAGAAUCAGUUCCGGUCUUGGUGAUCGGCUUCCAGAGGCAUAUAAGAAAUUUUAUAAGGAAUGGCGUCACAAAGUUCCUGAACCAGUUUAUUACAAAGCUACACCAGGGAAAUGGACUAAAGAUGAGAAAACUGGUGCAGUUAUUCCUGUUCAGAACAUACCAAUUCCUUUAAAGUAUCCAAAAACAAUGCAUUCUGGUAUUUGGGGAGGAGAAGCUGUAGUUCAAGGUUUCAAACAAAAUGGUAAUAAAUAUAAGAGCCGUGUUCCACAUUUUUGGACACCAACACUAAAAAAAUCAGUGGUCUACAGUGAAAUUCUAAAUAAGUAUAUGUCAACUACUGUGACUGAAAAGGCCCUAGAUGUUAUUAAUAAGAAUUACGGUUUAGACCAUUAUCUAUUGAAAACAGCGGCAUGUGACUUAAGGACCACUUUAAGUUUAAAAAUUAAACGUCACAUUUUAAUGGCUUUAAGAGACAAGACAUUGUAUGCAGAUGAUAAUGUAAAACAACAAGAAGUGUAUGACAAAUAUAAACACUACUUAAAGAAUUACACCCAUGAAGAAAUUGAAUGGUAUGGCCUAACAUUUUCUGAGGCUUUACUUAAGAUGCAAGAUAUAGAUGAAUUAAACGAAAAGAAAGCGCCAUUGAAGGCAAAAUAUAGACUGGAAUUGAUAGAGGAGUUGAAAAAUAGUAAUGAAACAGUAGAAGAGGAUAAAAGUUGGUUGAAUAAACUUAAUCCUUUUAAUUAGAAAUGUUAUAUUACAAUAUAGUGUGUAUUAAUGUUUAAUAAAAAAAAAUACAUUUUUGUUUUUGAA